AUGUCCCCUAAGAAUGGUCUCGAAGGGUAUAAGUAUACCCCAUUUCCACAGGAUGACUCAAAGGGCGAUUAUAUCCGUUACCUGACGCUCCAUGCUGGAUCAGGAGACGAGCCCUUGCAAUGUACAGUUCACACAGCGCCAAUGGUCCACACAGAAUACGAAGCGGUAUCGUAUGUUUGGGGAAGCGAUGUCCGAGAUCAGAUGAUCACCUGCAAUGGCCGGCAGCUGCCCAUCACCACAAACCUCUUCCGGGUGCUGCAGAGAGUUCGACAGCCAGAUGCACCACGAAGCAUAUGGGCCGACUUGAUCUGCAUCAAUCAGGAGGACCUUGAUGAGAAGGGAUAUCAGGUUUCAAUCAUGGGCAAGAUAUAUCGCCAUGCGAACCGUGUGCUUAUCCACAUGGGUGGUGAUGAUAAAGGUCAUGGCCAGAAGGUGCGCUCUUUACUAGAGACUAUAUGCACGAAAAUCAAGCAAGUCCUCCUCAUGAUCCCUACGGAUUGGAACACCUAUCCGUACCCUGAUCAGAGCGAUAGUAUCCUCACCGAUUCGCGAUGGGAUUCUCUGCGCCUCUUACUAGAAGAGACAUGGUUCACUCGCGGCUGGGUAGUGCGUGAGGCAGGUUUUGCAAAAGAUGGUCAAGUCUACUGGGGCGAUAGCGAAUUCAGCUGGGACGAUCUCAUGCGAACGUGUGCUUGGCUAUACAAGCGAGCUGUGAACACGCUGUACGACAAGAGCUUCGACGGUCGGAUCCCGCUGGCACACGUGGAGGUAUUCGAAGAUCGUCAUGCAGAGUAUGCCAAGCUAUUCACGACUGAGAUGACAUGGGUAAAUGCGAGUCUGUUGGGCUACCUGAGCCUCACAAAGCAACUGAAUCUGAAAGAUGAACGGGAUCGCAUAUAUGCCUUUCUGGAGCUCGUAGAGAACGAGGAGCGGCCAAUACACCUGCGGCCGAACUACAAGGAUCAUUUCCUGCACGUCUAUCACCAAUUUGCUGCCGACGAGCCUACAGUCGAGAACGAUUCCAUUCUUUCCUCAGAAGGCGUCAUUAUUGAUACCAUACUCCACGCAUCGCAAGCGCUGGACAGUUCUUCAACAACCGUCGACACAAUAUCGAACAUCUGGCAGACGUUCGAUAACACUGCAAACGGUUGGUCAUACCCGAGUGAGAAUCGACUGGGGGUCUUUAUUGGCAUCCUCACAGCUGGCACUCGCGAGGGCGAUGCGUUGGAGUGGCUACGAAGCAUGGCCGCUUUCUACCAAAUCAUCUAUGAACAGAGUGGCAGCCCUGCUGGUAUCGAAGCUCCUAGUUGGCUAGCAGAAGCUAGCUCCAUCGACCUGUUCCUGAACACAGUCAAAGGAUAUACACACAAUCGAAAGCUCGUGCUCACAAAGCGUGGCUACAUAGGACUCGCUUCGGCCAUGGCUCAGAAAGGCGACGCAUGUGGCAUUAUUUUUGGUUGCACUACACCCUGUAUCCUGCGCGGAUCAAGCGAUCGAGACUGCUACAAGUACCUUGGCGCAGCUUACAUUGUUGGCCAAGAUCACUGGAAGACUUCGGAUGGGCGUGUGAUCUUUAGCGAGAUACUUGGGAGUGAAGACAGUAAAGACUGGGUAGAUUGGGAUGUUGAAGAGCGAGAUAUUCGACUUUGUUGA